AUGUCUCAGGACACGCCAUAUUGGGAUGAUCACGAGUCUGAUGAGGAUCAUGAGACUGGUGAGAAUGAUAAGCUUGAAUCCACACUCACGCGGGCCCCGUCUCAGCAUCAUCACCGCCUUCGCACUCCACCACCCCAACGUACUAAGACACCAGGACAGAGACUAGUUCUCGCUGCCGGGACAAUGCUCGAGGCAACGUCCUUCUACUCAACACCAGAGUUUGAGGGUCACUAUGUACAAUGGGCAGCAUUGCACGAUGACAUGCAACAAAGGCUGGAUCCCGUGAUAUUCUUGCGGCUCUGGGCUACAUCCGAUCUUGCACUUUCUGUUCUGGGCCACGCCAUGCCGAUUUUAUCGAACGAGGUGAUUGAUUUGAUGCAUCUAGGGCUUGUAUGGGACGGAGAUCAUGUCUCCACCCCUGUGGCUAGCAAACCAUGUCAACAACGGCAUCCGCUGGAAGGCAACAAUUCCAAGGACCGUAAUGGGCAGCCGCACGAAAACCAACAUGACAACAGAUUCCGAGGUAAUGAUGGCACGGGUAACCAUAGCGACACUUACAGUCAAGCUGAAGACACCGCCACGGAGAACGCCGUCAAGCCUGGGUUCCCAGUGACACCGGCACACCACGGCCUGGGCGAGAAUAAUUCAGAGCCUGUAAGUGCUCAAAUGGAAAAGUGGAUUUCAACACAAGUCCAGUCUAAGCAUGUAAUGGACAUCGCAAAGGAGGCUUUACAUCUCUGGAUCGACAACACCGCAAACCUCCCCGCGACUCCCGCAACGCCGACGUCGGUGAAGCGAGAGCGGGAUGACUCGAGCUCAUCAAGCGACGACAAGCUUGACUUCUGUGUUUCCGAUGGUUCGUCGAAGAAGUACGGACAACCUGCCAACGAGGAGAACGCGAAAGGUCUUGAGGAGACGAGUCUGGCGAGGCCCUCCAAAGCAAAUUCGAUUCUGGCAACUCCGUGCUCAGCUCCUUUCCCGCCCCGGUCUGACAUUGAGAGUCCGGUUGCAUCACAAGAAACGCGGUCUGAGGAACACAUAACAGACAAGCAGCCCAUGUCACCGGUUUCAACGCACAGGACAGAUCGUCAGGCGCGGGAAGAGAACAUAACAGGCAUGGAAUUCCUGCGAGACAUCAGCCCCUCUUCUUCACUAAGAACUGUGUCUGAAGCCUUCGAGUGCGACGGGCUUGGCGAAGGCGUCGAAAGCAAUACGUUAGGACUCUCUGGCGAUAAGCCUUCGACUAGUUCGACAGAAUACUUACCGAAAGGACCUACGGACCAACACGAUCACGAGGCCCGACCUGAUCGGUUCGGCAAGGACCAUGGUCCCCACCGCGCCCCGGACGACAUCCUCAUGGGCUGGCUCUCAUCGCACACUUUCAGUUGUCUCCCAAGCGCAGUCGAGCUGGCGGAUCUUCAACAAGAUACCGGCCUGGAGAAACACGAGAUCACGACCUGGGUCGCGGCGAUCCGACAGGAGAACCUGCACACGGGCGCUGCCGAGGACGAAGCCAUGGACCUCGACCACGAACCGCACAACAGCAAGGGUGAAGAAGGAGACCGGAAGAUCAUGGAAGAGGUCGAGGUCGCCUUGACAGAGGCUGAAGAGAACAUGGGGCCUCAACCGGACAUCCGCGUUCCUGGCACAGACAGGCUUUGA